AUGUUCAAGCUCAUCGCAAUUCUUGUGCUACUGAUUUCCUUAGCUACCGCUGAAGACGGAGGUGGCUACAAGGAUCUACUGGCCAAGGAAUGGCCAGAAACUGAGAAUUCUGGCAGACAGGCAGGCAGAGUUCCGUGUCGAUGCCUCGCCGACAGGAUCACAAUCGGCUUCAGUACUUCUAAUGAAGCGGCAGCAAGACUGUUUGCAGCGUCGUCCUGUGUAUCUAGUUCCAGUUGCCCCUCGAACUUUCACUGCAGUAAUUGCCCUACUCGGAAUGUGUUGUGCGUUAAAAUUACCGUCUACGGAGGGCGAAUCUGGGUAUGCAGAGCUGACUGCAUCCAAGCUAAAAAGUCGUGCAGAAGAAUUCCUAGGUAAUUGAGCCCCUACCGAUGAUCAGCAACUUGAAUGAAUGAUACCAUGUCUUUCAUCUUUAGGUUUCCUUUGGUUGUUUAAUCAGGAUGUCGUCCGUCGAGUAAUAGACCGUGGUCGACUGAUUGCUAUGUUUGACGUAAAUGUGAGAUGUUGCAUGCGUGUGGCUGUGACUUUGUCGA